ACCUGUUCCAUGACUGCAUCCAGCACCUGUCUCUACUGAGACAUGCACAGCACGGACCAUGUGCUCUCUGCCCGACAUGAGACGCUUGUUGAUCACUUUGACAGCGUACAUCUUGCCCGUCUCGAUAUGCACGGCCUCUGGACGAGCAGCAUGAGCCUACAUGAGCAUCUUGCAACCUAGCCGACCAGUCGAGCAUACGUUUGACGACGGCAUAGGUGCCCUGACCGAGAACCUGCCCAGUCUUGUACUGCACACGUCAAUGCAGUCAGAAGAGAGUCAUGAUGUCGUGCUGGCGCCGAUGAGGGCCGCUCGUCGACUUGGAGGAAGCCACUGACCUGACAUGGGACUGUUGAUGGUGCCAUGAUGAGCCAGCUGAGCAGUCCAGUAGCGAGUAGUCGAGUUGCCGGUACGCGGUGCGGUGCGCGUGCCAAAGUGCAAGCAAGCAAGCAAGCAAGCAAGCCAGGAGUCAGCGGCCAAUGGCAGCACCAGACGCUGAGUACGGCGUCUACCGCAUUCUCGAAGCUGGCGUCCAAGGUCUAUCACAAUUCGUACACGAGCGCAAGCUAGUCCGUGAGGCGCCUUUAGCAUCCCUCAAGGAUGCAAGACUGGGCAUAGACGCGGAUCAUUACAUCAGAGGUCUUCUGGAUGCGUCCAGAGCACGAGAGCCAUUCGUCGCAGCGAUUGGCGGCGCACCCCAAGCGCUCAUUAGCCAAUUCGAGCAGGAGCUCAGGCUGCUCGAGAUGCACAAGAUCAAGCCCGUCUUUGUCUUCUCUGGCGUACCCUACCUUGGCAAGGAGCGGCCCUUUGCAAAGGACAACGUUCGGGCACAGAAGCGCUUCCAGGGAUGGGCAGGCUGGGAGAAGAGCAACGCCGAUUUGGCCAAACAGAUGUUCAGCGAGAGCGACUCUAUCCUCGCGCCAAACGUACUCAGACUCAUCUUCAGACUCUUCAAACAACGACAUGUCGAGUACAUCGUUGCACCCUAUGCCGCCACUGCGCAGCUCGUCUACCUCGAACGACACCAGAAAGGCUACGUCAACGCGCUCUGGGGCACGACGGAUCUCUUCCUGUACGACAUUGACCGCAUCAUCCUCGAUAUGGAUCUCAAAGGCGACACGUUCACUUUUGUCUCGCGCGCAAGCAUCUGUGAAGCUCUCCAGCUCACUGCAGAUCAGUUGCUCGACUUUUGCAUUCUAGUGGGCUCAGAGGUCUCGCGACCGUUUCCCGUUCUCGCGCCUGAUGCACCAUUCAGACAAGCCCACGACUUCAUGCGACAGUAUCGCUCAGGCACAAGUAUCGUCAUGAGCUUCGCCGAUCACCCGCUCGUGCGAGCGGAGAACUACCUCGAUCUGUUCUGUCGCGCGCAAACGCUCGUUCGCCAUGCACUCGUUCUGUCUGCCGAAGAAGGCCGCGUCAUGCCCAUCGGUAUGGCAAGGAUACCUCCCGCACCUCUACCACCGCCAACAGGUGCAGACGUUCCCUCGGAUCUACAUGAAGUCUUUUCGCAUCGAUUACCGGACGAGUUGUACUAUCACAUGUGCCGCGGCCUCAUCACUGCGCCGCCGCUCGCGGUGCUGACCGAUGGUGCAUGGCCUGAGCCAGUUCCGCUGUGCGGAGGCGAGACUGACGAUUACAAGCGCUUUGUCAAAGACUACCUCAUGGAGAGUCCACAAGGCCCACGAUGUGUCUCGCUCGCAUUGCUCACGUCUGUGCUCAAUUCGUACUGGAGCAAGAAACCCUUGAUGGCGGUAUACUACUUUAACCCAAAGGGCUCGCCAAUCCCGCACAACUCUAGAGAGACGGUAGCUAUCGUGGAUCGCACCGCUGGCUGGAACGUCAACAUGAGCGUCAUCGACGAUGAGCUACGACGGCAGAGCUCUUCGACCAUUGACAUCCUCCUCUGUCUCGGCGCCACGUCAACAAACAGUCUAGCAGCACGCACGAAGACAUCUCCUGGCGAAAAGCCACUUGAUAAGAAGGAUGAGAUUGUGGCCAAUGUUCUGUGGCGCUUCCUCGAAAUGCGUAGUCUGCUCACUUCAUCACACCAGCAUACGCCCUACGCCAAAGCACUCCUCGCAUCUCUCAAGCUAGCAAAAGUCAACGACAAGUUCCAGGAGCCACUCUACCUCGCAAUCGAGCUCAUCCGUGCCAAUGUACUUCACGGCGGCAAGUACGGUGGUCGUACCUGGUCAGGCGGGCCCAUAGCGACCACAGAAGCCGAAAAGCGCAAUAUGCUUCUCUUCAUGCGCUCCGUCAGCAUUGUCCCAAUGAGCUAUCUAAACGAAAGUUACCGAGCGCAGCUAUCGCGCGAACUGAUCGUCUUCAACUCCUUCCUGACUGCCAUGUCACGAUCGCUCAGGACAAUGAUCGAAUGCACAGUCGUCCACUUGCUUCUGCACGGCGACGGCAAACGAGUGCGAGACGACUUCCUCGAGAUCUCACUCUCAUUACCCUUCCAAUGCGACACUUCGACUGGCACAGGUAUAAUGCUCAAAGGCUACGUUGACGCCGUGACAAAGAUUGCAAGUCUACAAGGCGUCGAUACAGCUUCCUUCCGUGUGCCCAAGACAGGCAGCAAGGGUGACCUUACGUACGACGAGAGCGAUGCGGGCAAAUCGAUCAAGGAUCAGGUCAAGUCUAUGCUCGUUGCCAACUUCACGACCGUCAAGAACGUCACGGCCGAGCUUGACCGCGCCUUCCGCUUCUGGCACUGCCUCUUGCAAGCGGUCACGGUGCUCAAUGAGGAGAAGGUGAUUCCCAAGGAGCUCUAUGAGCAUGCCGACUUUGCAAGGCACGUCUCGACCAGACCCGGCUUUGCGCGUCUCCCUCUACCUCGCGCCUGCAGCCCGGUGUGGCAGCCGAGGCGCAUCUACCGGUCGCAUACGAUUGCACAGCUUGCACUCGAGGCAGCGAUGACGACGACACACCAGCUGACGCUACCUAGUGGCUUCGGCCACGCAGAUUUGCCGCUAGACCGCGUCAAGUCGCCAACGUCCAGCCAGCGCGACCAGGUCAAGGCCGUUUUCGCCAUGCAAGAGUCGAAUCAGACUACGGACGAAGCUGAAGGCCCCUUUCUGCCGGAAGAUGAGGUUUUUGUGCCUAUCGAUGGAUCUACAGAAGACGCUGGCUCGGAAGAAGAUGAAGGAGAAGCAAUGGAUGAAGUCGAUCAGAUGCGAACGCCUUCGCUUGUUCACUCUACAAGGGCGAGCAGAUCGACGCGUCAGGCUGGCUAUUCAUCAAGCUCUUGUCCACCUUCGUCCGCCCUGGCGGGACAGCAUGAUCGCGCUCGCCGAGCAAUGCUGACGAGCAGCAGCCCGAUGGUACAGACUCCGCUGCAGCAUCAAAAUCAUCCUCAGGCUCGACCUGACGUGCCAUCCUACCCCGGACACGAGCCGAGCGCUCAGAGCAAAGAAACGAAGACAUUCCAAUUCCCGGCUGCCCAUUAUCAACCGACGCAUAUGCUCGCCCGCAAUCAGCCUGCACCACGCGCGACCACACCGAUGCCUUCGCUCGCCGACGGCACUGAUCUGGAAGAAAAUGUUUUCGAUUCUAUGCGCGCCCCGGCCAUGCGAGGCCCGGCUCCCUCUGCGAACAGCCUGAUCAAGUCGAAUACCUCCGCCGAGACUGGCGAGCCCUCUGCCCUCGAACGGGCACUACAGAUGGGCCUCUCAGUCGAGCAAUAUCAACAAGCGAAAGAACGCAUCACGCGCUUCCUCGCCGGGGACGGCAAGAAGGGCGUCUCGCCAGAGACGAACCAUUCAUAUAGUACAAACGCAGAUGUCGCGCUGCAGAGAGCAGCUGCCACUGCUCAUGCGGUACAUGGCUUCGCUAGGUCAAGCCCAAGUAAGCCACUCGGCGCUGCCAAACACACGCACACCAAGUCGAAGCUCAGUCUGAGCAAGAGCCGUCCCCGGCGACUAGACGACGAGCUGAUUCACAAGGGUAGGCUCGACUCUGCCUUCACACUGAAGUCAAAGAACGGACAAGAUGACGGAGUGCCAACGACGCCCUCGUUCCCGCGCAGAACGCCGUUGCAAGCUCCGGGCACGGCAGGCACGAUGGAUCGACUGCUCAGCGCAAGCCAGUCACACGCCCAGCACGAGUACGAGCCGGAUAGCGACGGCGAAGAAGCUGACCUCGUCAGUGAGCUUGCCUCAAUGGUUACGCCUCAGACUGUGACGCAUUCUGCGCACGCCUCUACGUCAAGCGACGGUCAGGACGUCUUUGCUCUGCCACGAUCAACGUUGGGCCAUAAGAGAACCCGCUCUCGUACCGCACCACCCGAGGAAACCGCUUCACAUCGUCUCACUGCAUCUCAUCGAGCUAUACCAGGAUCAGAAGCUCGCCCAUCGCUGGAGACGAUGGGCCGUUCCCACACGGAUUGUCAGCUGAGCUCUGGUCAUGUCCAUUUGACACCAGGCGCAUCAAUGGCCACUCCUGUAGGCUCUACGCCACGUCACCUGCUGAAAGUACAAGCGUCCGAAUCGGAUAUACCUAGUCCGCUGAUGGCCCAGAUCAGACAGCUUAAUGAGCAAUCUUACAGUCCCCUUCGUCAAAUGGGUGAUCUGUCUUCGCCAGCCUCACGCACAUUAGGCUCGCAUUACUCCUCACUGCACGGCAGUGCUCACAAGCGCACUGUUUCUCAGAACGAGCGCGAAGGCGCCUCAUACCCCGGCGACCUGCUAUCAUCUUCGGCGCGCAUGGAUCACUUACUCUCGCAUUUCAAUCAGGUAGAUCGUCGACAAGCGACCUUCGAGCAGAGCUCACCAGGCGAGUCGUAUGCUUCGACUCCUGUCAAUUGCGAGUCUUCGCCUGUUGUUGCGAUGAUCAGCCCCACAGAUAAAUCUAAUAAUAUGCCGUCGCGCAAGGGCAAGGGCAGUAGGCGACCAGAAUCGUACGAGCAGAGCCUCGCUCCGCAGUCCUCGCAGACAUCGCAUUCAUCGUACUCAAUGUCGGCCAAGUCAAGUCCCGAGUCGUCCUACUCUGAGCAUUUGCCGCCACCCAAGCGACAAAAGGGCGCGUCGAGCAAGGCGCAACAAAUCGUCGUUUCGAGCGGCGACGCUCCGGCUGUUGCACGUGGUAAUGAAGUCACCGGCGGUCGGUAUGGCAUCCCACGACAAUGGCCCCAAGGCGAAGAACGCAAGCAGAAGCCAGUGUUUAGCUACGCAGCCUUGAUCGGACAGGCCAUCUUUUCGACGCCGAAUGCCAGGAUGUCUCUUGCCGACAUCUAUAGCUGGAUCAUGAGCAUCUACCCCUACUACAAGAAAGGCGAUGCCGGCUGGCAAAAUUCAAUCCGACACAAUCUCAGUCUGAACGACUGCUUCGUCAAGACGGUCAGAGGCAAAGAUCAGCCUGGCAAGGGCUGCCUAUGGGGUAUCGCUGCCGGCACCGAAGAGCAAUUCAUCGAUGGAGGCUUCUUCAAGCGGGGCCCGCCCGUCAUGAAAAGCGCUCGCCCCAAAGCACCGAAAGCGAGUCCUGCGCCGCUCGAGGUAGCAAUCGCAACAAAUGCAGAACACAGCCAAUGUGUCCCUGCCUUUGUUGCUAGCUCGUCGAGUCCUCAGCUGUCGCGCCCUUCGCCUGAGCUUUCGCGCAGCAGUGCAGAUAAGCAAAACAAGCGCUCAAAGCAGCUCAAGUCUGGCGUGCUACCUACGCCUAGCUACGCCUCGCCGCCCGCAUCUCUCGAUCAUACAGCCCGCAGAUCAGAGCGUUACGCUGACGACGAUGAUAAUGCCAUGCGACAGAAGCGCGCUCGAGUCUUUGGUCGAACUCAAGCAGAGGCUAUAAGCUCACCUGCCGUUGUCUCAUCGCCGCCGUCCAAUGUGCUCGGCCGGAUGUCGUAUCAUCGUCACAGGCCAUCCGUGGGCAACGAUGCAGCCUCUCGCGUCUCACUGUUUCUGUCACCGCCAACGACGCCUGCUGAUCUGCCAGCAGCCGAUCAGGACUGUCCUACCGAGCACAAAGAACCCACCUCACCUCAUCCGAUGAUGCUACCUGCGCACGAGAUUAAGCCGGGCCCACUAGCUCGCUCGAGCUACGCUCGAGCAACGUCGCCUUCAGAGUUGCCGAUGCGUCUGCCGCCCGUUUCUCCGGUCGCAGUAAAUACCCACUCGCCAGUUUCAUCUGUUCGUGGCAGCACAAUGAUGAGUAAUGGCUACCAGGCUUCUCCCGGCACCAACCAUUAUCGACAGCGUACCUCGUCGCUGCGAAGUCCAAAGCCUUCGUCUGCUCGAUUCGCUAGCACAGGUUUCACGCCUCGCCUGCCUAGCAUUGCAAGCCAUAUGGCAGAGAAUGGCGGCUCGUCUCUUCGCACGCCACCUCGCCUAGGACGCUCGUCUUUCGCCAGUCCUGCAAAGAAUCGCCUGCUGCAAUCUCAGAAGAGCUCGGGACAGCUGCAAAGCAUCACGUCCACACCAGCUGGGCUGGUCAAGGGAUACUUUGCCACUCCCGAUGUCGCGGGAGUUAGUGCAGCCGCAAUGGGCGAAUGCGGGCCCAAUGCAUACGCUCACGAUCCUUACGACUACGGCGGUCAGAUCGAAUGCGAAUUAGAGCGAUUCGGCGCGAUCACUCAAGCCAGCGGGCACCAAGGCCACUCGCGAUCGGACUCGCUGAGCCGGCCGAUCUACUUUCCAUCGCCGUCGCAAACGACACCUAGACUUCAGUCCCAUGCGAGCUUCUCGCCAUGGUAGAUUUCUAUUCACGAACGUGUAUUCCUGUGUUGUGUCAAGGAUGUAUCGGAUCGUCUGUAGCACUCAAUGGAAGCCGUUGAGCCCAUUUUGAUGAAUUAGUCUGAUAGGACCCGCGCAGUAUCGCCCUCCGGUGACACCGUCGACUGCAACAC